GACGAGCCCACGUUCGAGCCGCCGCGGCGCGCGGUGGCCGGGCCCGCCGCCGCCGCGAGGGCGCCGGGCUCCGACGACGACGUGUGGGACCCCUCGGAGGACGGGCGUCGCGCGCUGCGGCGGGCGGGCCAGCGGACGCUGCCCACACAGGAGUACAGGGUGGUCACCGAGUUCGCGUACGUGCGGCAGCAGCCGUCGCUCUCCGCCGCGAUCCGGGGCAAGAGGGCGCGCGGCGAAACGGUCGUCGGCGUGGCGGAGACGUUCGACGGCUGGGUGCACCUGUCCGAGGACGGCUGGAUCAUUAAGGACAUGCUGGGUAGACACGGCGUCGCGGAGGUGCUAUCCCCGGUGGGCCCGCCCCCCGUGCUGGCCGUGCCGGAGCCCCUGGCGGCGCCCGGCCCCGUGCACUUCGAGGUUGCCUUCAGGCCACACGUGGCCGUGCGCAGCAGUCCGUCGAAGGAGGCCCUGAUCAUGGGCGUCAAGAGAUUCGGGGAGGAGGUGGUGUCCGAGGUCCAGACCUACGGGGGCUGGGUGCGCCUACAGGACGGCUGCUUCGUGCUCAGCGUGGACGCGUCUCUCGGGCGUCUCCUGAGGUGCAAGGAGGCCCGCGCCCGGCCGCCGCCGCCGCCGGCGCACGCCGCGGCCCACGCCCCCUCGGCCUCCACGGCGCCGGUGGCCCCGGCGGCAGCGGAGGGCGGCGCGCUUGACGCCCGCCGGGCGGCCCUGCGCGCGAAGGUGCAGCGCGCGGAGGGGUGCGAGCAGGAGCUCCGGGACUGCGUCGAGGAGGGCGGGCGCGAGGGGCUCCGGGAGGAGUCGGCGCUGGCCCAGCGUCUGCUCGAUCGCCUGCUGGGGCAGAGGACGAGGUCCCUGGCGGAGGAGCACGCCGUCCUGCUGGAGCGCCUGGCGGCCGCCGCGGCGUCCGGCGACCGCCUGGAGAUCCGGAGCGCCAGGGACGCGGCUGUCCGGGGCGGCGUGGACAAGAAGGAGAUCGCGCGCGUGUUCUCCCUCAGCGUCGUCAGCACCGAGUCGGCGGCGACGGAUUCCCGGGUCCCCACCGGCGCCCUGCUGUUGGAGCCCGCGCCGCCGAGGCCUGCGCCCGAGCCGGCGGCCCCGCGGCGCGAGCGCGAGGCGGCGCCCGAGGCGGCGGCCGCGGUGGUCCCCACAGAGGGCGCACCCCCGCCGGGGGCGCUGGCGCUGGGCGCCAGGGUGCGGCUUGCCGGGCUGCGCCGCGACCUGGAGCUCGAGGGCCUCACAGGCGUGGUGGUGGCGCCGAGGGGCGAGGGAAGGUGGCAGGUGCUCCUGGACGGGGGCGGCAUGAAGCUGGCUAGGCGUGCGUACCUGGAGCCGUGGGCGGGGGAGGCCAAGAGGCGCGGCGGUGCCGGCGUCGUCGCGGGGCCGCAGGACACCCUGGAGCCCCAGCCGGCCCACGACUCCCGCGCGGGGCCCGCCCCGGAAGCGCCGGGCUCCGCCGCCCUCGCCGGCGCCUGGGUCUCCCAGGAAACCGGCGAGUGGAUGGGCACCAUAUGCGGCGCCAAGCUCCAGUGGGCUGACGGGCCCGAGGUGUGCCUGCGGCCCCUCGGCGAUGGCAGCUUCUCGUGCGAGCUGACCGCCGAGGGGGUCACGGAGAGCUUCUCCGCCAGCCUGCACGAGGACGACAGGCUCGUGUGGAGCGACGGCGACGUGUGGGUCCGGGAGCGCCCCUGA